GCAUGUGGUAACUUACAACGAGGCGGCCAUCUUGCUCUACGAGUCAUGCAGUUUCCUGCGCAUCGAGUACUUCCCUUCCUUCUACUUCCUGCAUGGACGUCACUACGACUCCUACCUGUAUGCCCGCUACCUUCGGGGGAGUCGUCCCCCGUGGCGGUGGAGAGUUCGCA